GGGACAAGCUCGAAGAGGAAACAAAGACCAAGAAGGUGAGACUGGACUCUCUCCACUUGACUCACAGCCCCGAGUUACUGGGGAGGGAAAACCCACUGCGUGGUCGCGUGACUUUUUUUUUAGAGUGUCGUGUGGCUUUCUCGAAUUCGCGUGCAGCGAGCCUGAGCAACUCACAUCGAAACGCCUUACUUCAUGUCUUAUGAAAAUGGGGUCUCGCGACGAGCUGGGGAAAUCGUUUGUGAGCAUAAGAGCAUAAGCGCGAGAAGCCCGCGGAGUUCUCUGCCCUCGAGGCACUUGAUGGAAGGAAAAGUGUGUACCGCCUUCACUUCUGCAAGAAAAAAAGCGGCUUCCGACGUGUUCGCGUCUCCCCGUUCCUUUCCAUUCUUUUUGUUUCCUCUUCUUUCGCUUCGUCUUCUUUCUUUUUUGUCCGUGCUUCUCUAGCGAGGGGCUUUUCCGAGAGUCCCAGGGAAGCCUCCGCGCUCGGCACCGCGCCAGGCGUUACUUUGCUUUCGUCCACUCGAGGUGAAAAGGCACAAAUGCACCAGGGAUACUUUUUCCUGAUGCCUUCGAGUGACUCUCCUUCGUCUGUUCCCGGUUCUUUGCUACUUUUUAACUGCGCAAACUCUCUGUUCUUGGUGAAGCGAACCACAGCUGCGGUCUCCCUUGACACCGCGCCGCAGAACGCAGGUCCCUCCGCCUCGGUCGCCUCGAGUGUACGUACACCGUGCGCCGUCACCCGCUCUGCCUCUGCCGCUGUUCUGCUCCAGAGACCUGGCCAGAACAGUUUUUCUGCAGUUUUUUCGUUUGUCCCCCUGGUGGGGAAAGAGCAGUAACGGAUGGGGGGAGGCGGCGAUGACUCCACCUUUCCUCGCCAUCGAGACGCGGGCGUCGUCGCCGUCUGUCUGCAUGCCGUGAGAGGAAAAGAAUGGGAGCCAUACACGCGCGCGACCGCGGAGUGAGAUCGGCGGUUUCUCUUUCUCCAUUCUUCUCUCGCCCGCGAGCCAGGACUCCAGAAGAACGGAGGACGGGGGGUUCUAGGAGAGAUGGCGACUCACAUUACUCAGCAAAUGGACUCCAGGACCUGCAUGCUCGCACUCCAGGGCACCUUCGAGGAGGAAUCCGAGGAGGAGAAUGAACGGCGUCUCGAGCGGACUGGCGACGGCGCUCUGGAGGCCAGGGCCGCGAAGGACGCCGCCCAGAAGGCGGAGAAGGGAGCGUCUGUACAGCCGAGGCUCUCGAGAGGCGGCAGGCGUCCUGCUGAGGGCCUCGCAUGCGCCGACGGAGGCCUGCAGGAGAGGAAGGAGAGCGAGAAACACGGUGAAGGAGAAGGGAGACUUUCAGAAAGGGGAGAGGUUCGUGACUUGGAGAGAAGAGGGAUCGAAGCGAGGUGUGUCGUGGAAUGUCUGUCGGAUUCUCGCUGGGGGUCUGAGGACCGCAGAGAUGCUAGCCAACAUGGACUGGACAGGCACGAGAGUCGACAGCGAGAAGAGGCGGGUGAGGCGAGGGACGAAGAAGACCUCGACAGGAAGGAGCCGGACUUUGGAGAGGAGACUGGAGGCAGACGAGGCGAGGGAGACAUCGAGGAAACGCAGAGGUCGCAGGACGAAGAAAAAGAAACUUGCGGGGAACUUGGGUGCUACGGAAGAAGAGACCGCGAAAGCGAAGGAGAGAAAAGAGGGGAUGCGGGGGGACGCACGCGAUGGGGCAAACGCUUUUCCGACGAGGACGAAGAGGAGACUCGGAUUAAGGGUGAGAGAGAACUUCUCAGGGAACAGUGGCUCGGAGAGAUAGAAGAAGGCGUGAGAAAAGAAGAGACCAGAGCAAAGAUCGCGAGGGCGGCAGAGGACGAAGAAUCGGCGGCAAGCGAACAGGAAAAGCCGGGGGACAGCGCAUGCAGAGGAGGCCGAGAGACGACGUUCAGAGAGCGCGAAGGAGACUGGCAGAGUGCACGGUAUCUAGGGGGAUCUGGUGAGAUGGCUGAAGGCGAAGAAGACGAGGAGACAAGCGUCAGAAAGGCGAUCGCACGCAUCUGGGGAAGGGGGACGGCGAACGCGGCCCAGAUGGUUCAAAGCUUCCAAAGACAAGAUCCUCAUGCGUCUCGUGCUUUAGUGGAAAGCAGUCAAGAGGGUGAAGCAAUCGCGAACGGCGAGGAAGAAGAAGAGAAAAAAGAGGGAGAAGAUGAAGAUGAGCAGGAGGAGGAAUCGGCAGAAGAAGAGGAGGAAUCGGCAGAAGAAGAGGAGGAAGCGGCAGAAGAAGAGGAGGAAGCGGCAGAAGAAGAAGAGGAGGAAGAGGCAGAAGAAGAGGAGGAGGAAGAGGCAGAAGAAGAGGAGGAGGAAGAGGUAGAAGAAGAGGAGGAGGAAGAGGUAGAAGAAGAGGAGGAGGAAGAGGUAGAAGAAGAAGAGGAUGAAGAGGCAGAAGAGGAGGAAGAAGAGGAGGAAGAGGUAGAAGAAGAAGAGGGUUGUUUUUCGACUGGGGACGUAAAACUGGCUCGGUGUCUCCUUUCCGGGAAGCGUGGGGGAGUCUUCGGUGGCGUUCCGGAACGCCAGAUCCCGCGGUUGUCUCUCGAGAUGCGUUGUUCGUCUGAAGGCGAGAGUUCGAGGCUGUCCUCGCGAGACGAAAGGCCGAACCGAAGCAUAGAGGAAGACGAGGGACCGACGGACGAGGCCCUCUGUGUCCUUUCGUCCUCCUCCAUGGCGGCGCUGCUGCGAGUCGUGCAGAAACUUCCGUUUGAAAGUCUCGUUUCCUUUUGUUGUGAGUAUCUUCGGCAACUGAACUCUCAUCUUCGCUGUGUCCAUGAUCUCUUCCGUCGACGAGAGAAGCAAUUUCGCUCCUACGUGACCCGCUGUCGCCGCCGUACACAGGCUUCUCCAUCUUCCUCUCCUCGUGGGUCUCCGUCGUUUUCUUCUUCUCCUCCUGCCUCUCCUUCCUCUGCCUCUCCUUCCUCUGCCUCUCCUUCCUCUGCCUCUUCCUCUUCUUCUCAUACUUGCUCUUCUUUGGGUUCGAUGGCGUCUUCGCCUCCUCUCUGCUCGCCCUCCUCUGGGUCCCCAGAUGGUGUGUCUCGAGGCGAACAGCGAGCCACGAGGCGCCGGCGCGGUGUCUCUGCAGCUCCGAGGGAGGUUCCAGACGGUCCUGUCUCCUCCUUCUCUGCGGCGCGUCGAGCGCGACGAUGUUUUCCGCUGCAUGCAGGCGGUGCCUUCGAUCGACGAACGGGAGAGGAAGGCGCGGCCUUCGCCAGAGACGACUUGACGCGAGUCUCCUGGGCAGACGCCUGUGAGGAUUGGGCAACAUGUCGCCUUUCUCGGCUUCGUGCCAUCCAGCGGUGUUGCCAGGUGUGUACGGAGCCGGUGCUUCAGCUGCUCUCUUGCGCGUACUUGGUUCGGCUUCUCACGUGGAGUAAAGACAAGCGAGAGCUCGCUUUCCCCGUGGAACCCAGCUCUCUCGCGGCCCUCGUCAACGCGCUGUCGACGCACCGUCUGCAGCUGCUGCAACUCCACAAGAUCCACUUCCCUUCCCUGGACCGAGCGGUGGCGGCUCUCGCCCGCCUGUACGUGCAGAGCGUCGCGGUCUCCCAGGUCCUCCCCGUCUUCCGCGGACUGCUACACUCCGAAUUCGCCGGCUCUCUGUCUCUGGUCCUCCACGUCCGAUCGCCUCUGCCGUUUCUUUUCGAGCGAGACAAAAGGCUCCUGCGGGGCUACGAGGCGCGCGCGAGCGUCGGGGCAGCCCACGGCGGGGGGAUCUGCUUCCGGGACCGAGACACAGCGCCUCCGGAGCGUUGUGCGGUCUCUGCAUGCACCGCUGGGUCUCCGCCGUUUCACAGGGGGAAGGCGGAGUCUGGAGAGACUCGAAAGAUGUCGAAAAGCGGCCAGGCGCUCUCGGUGUGUGGAACGCGAGGUGUCUCCCUCUGUCCUGAGUUUCCAGCCCGCGUAGGGUCUCCUCCUGGGGGCGCCUCUGGAGCCUGGCGCUUCUUCUUCUCCCGACCUUCGCGGUUGGAAAGGACGCGGGAGCUUGCAUGCAUGCGUGCGGAACAGGAGGCGCGCGAGGCGCACCGCGUCCUCGCUUCCUUUCGUCGCUUCUCCUCGGAGCAACGCGCGUUUCCGAGUCUCAAAAUGGACGACCUCUCCGAUACUUCCCUGCCUCUGCCCUGCUCCUUCUCUCUCUCCGCGUGGUAUCCAGCCGUCCUCUCUCGACUUCUGACGCGCCUCCUCCACGGCGGCGGCGUCUCUCCGUCUUCUGCCUUCCUUCCCGCGUCUUCUUCUGCGGGUCCGUCCUCUUCUUCGCUCUUGUCUGCUUCAACUUCUCGCGUCUGUUUGUCACCGGCCUCAUCCGCGUCUCUGCUCUCGCGAGAGGCCGCGAGUGUCUCUGUGCCUGCGCGCUCCGUGUCCGGCGCCGGUCUGUCUCCUUCCGGGGGACCUCCUGUGGGGCGCGAGCCGAGACGCGAGGAGAGCGGCGGAGACGCCUUCUCGAGAGAGGCGAGAGCGGGCGUUUCCACGGUCGCGCCGGCGACUCUGCAACUCUGUCGCGCCGUGCUCUUUGCCUUCCACGCGGCUUUGAAGAAGUUCAUGGUCGAGGCAGAGGUCGCUCGCCGCGUUUACCCCUCGGCGCUCUCCCUCACUGCCCAGCAAGUGGAGGCGGGCGCCUUCGCGCAUGCACACGUGGCCGCGGAAUUCGCUCGGUACUUGGCCGACUUGUCUCACUGCCUCUCCGAGCAGGCGGCGGGGAGACAGCCGUCUGCAGGACGAGACGAAGAGAAAACGGCGGAAGAAGCGAGAGACGCAGGAGAUGGAGAGAACGAAAGAGCGGAAGCGGAAGAGGGGGGAAAGGCCGACGACGACGAAGAAGAAGAAGAAGGGCAGAGAGAAGGCGGUGGAGAGACGGACGAAGAGGCCUUUUUCGUAUCUUGGACUGUUUUGGAGGACAAAGAAUCGUGUGUCAAAGCCGCACAAGCCCUUGCAGAGGGAGCCUCGAGCGCUGCGCAUGCGGUUCGGCGUCUUGGCGCGACGAGGGUGCGGUCUUCUUCGUUUCUCCCCGGCUGGUCCUUUUCCAGAGGAGGGGGGACCCUCGAGCUCGCGAGAGGGAACAGCGCGGGCGACAGGCAUGCGAGCUCGGACGGAGAACUCGUCUUCUUUCUAGGCAAGGCCUACCGGUGGCGAGCACAGUCACGCGAGGAAGGAGCUGCUGGGGACAGCGACUGCCCUGGGACUCGCUCGGCGGCGCAGCGAACAGCGGAGACAGAGUCGCGAGGGGAGACGAAACCUGGCUCGGCUCGAGCGGCUGCGGAGCCGCGCGCCAUUCAAGUUUCCUGCGAUGAGGAAGACUUGCUCUGCGCUCAAGUCAAUGCUUUGACGCAGCUGGUUCUCUUCUGCGCACAAGUCGAAACGCCGUUUGCCGCGCUCGCAACCGCAAGCCAGCGACGCAGAGAAUCGCAUGUGGGGAGACAGAGAGCCAGCGAACUGCGGAGACAGAGAGAAGAGACGCAAGUGAAGCGACAGGGAGAAGUCCGCGCGACAAGACAGCGGGGCAUCGACCUGGGCAGACGGGAGCGAGAAGACUUCCUCUUCGACAGCGACUCGCACUCGGAGAAAAGUCUGUGCGUACCUCGAGCACGAGGGCAGACACUCAACGCAGAGGACGAGGGAAAGCGACUGGUGCAUGCAGGCGCCUGGAGCGACGAGGAGACACCGCAGUCUUCAAGAGAGCCGAGCCCUCUGAGGACGCAGAACGACGGGACCCGAGAGCGGCGGAGGCGAGAGCAGACGCGACCGGAAGUGAAGCAUGCUUCUCCGUCACCGUCUUCUUUGUCAAAAGCCGAAGCGGACGAAGAGGAGGACGAAGAUGUAGAAGAAAGUGCAGAAAGUCUGAUUUGGAGAGAAGAGCUACGCGCCGGCUUUGCCCGAGAGGCCGCGAGGUUCGCGACUCUGGCUCAAGAGCUGAAAGAUCGUCUCGUCGGACUUGUGACGGCAGACGCCGUGCACCGCAUCCGAUCCCAGCCGUUCAUACCUUCCUUGCCUCUCUCUGCGGUCUUCGCUGCACUCUUGUCGCCUUCGCGAGAGGACGGGGCUCCGUCGCUUCUCUCGGCGUCACUGCGCCUCCUGCCCCAGUGUCGAGUCGCAGUUUGGGAGGCCUCGAUGGCGCGCGUAGGCGAGGAGCUCGUCCACGCCGUCCUCCACACCCGCCUCGUUCCUCCCCAGUUUUCGCUUGGCUCUCUCUGGCCCGUCACCCGAGCAGAGAGCCCCCAAAGUGAUCUCUCUGAGGUCCUUUUCGCCUCGUCGGCGCAGACACGUCGCUUCUCCCGGACUCUUGCGCGUUUCGUCUCCACGGCUUGGGUUCUUCUUCUCGCCUACUUCUCGGCGCCUGUCGCCUUCGACGUCUCUGGUUCCGUAGCCUCUUCAGCUGUCUCGGCUCGAGCAGGAACGAGCAGAAGAAGCGCGUCCGCCUUGGCGUUUCGUCGCAGUGUCUCCUUUCUGCGAAGUCUCGAGGCCUUCCUUCGCGCCCCACCAGACGCGGUUGCCGCCCACCUUUCGCAGAUGGUCAGACAGCAGUUUCCCGGCCUCGGCUUUGCUCUCCUCACACGAAAGGAAGUCCGAAACAACCGAGAAAACGAGCUCCUUCCCGCGCAUGUGUGUGUCCACCACGCCCCAAGAACGUCGACGACGCGGCCCUCUGUGGCGCCGGACAAGCGCUCUUCUCGGCACGGAAGCGAGGCCAGUGUUGAGGCUCCUCGGGCGCCACCGCGCGCCCGCGAAACUGUUUUCUCGCAGGGCCAGACGGAGGGACGAGGCGCUUGGGGAUGCGGAGACUGUGGAGGGGACAUUGAAGGUGGGGGGAGGCGUAGGGGGUUGAGGAAAGAGAGAGCGGCGUGGACUUGGAAGUCUUCUCUUCGACCUGCCCAAAAGAGGGUCGCUGAAGAAGAGCAGAUUGCUGCAGAAGAAAGGGCCGCUGGAUGCGUAGAGACCCUUCUUCGGUGCGGUGUAAAUGCAGAGAAAUUUGCAGCUAAUCUGUUGCGUUUGCGGCCAGAUCUGCGGCAGGCAACGAGGGAGAAGGCUCUCGCUGAAAUCUGUGAAAAACUGUCACGGAGUCGCCGCCAGGCCGCCCACGCAGUCGCGAAGGCCCGACAGGCGCGCAGAGACGCGUCGGGCGCCCCGGGGUGGGGCCCGUUGGCCAAGGAGACACCUUUGGGCGAGGAAACCUCUCCUUGGGACCAGCGAGCAGAGCAGGCCAAGCCGGACACAGAACAAGAAAGGGCAGUCCUCGCGAGGGGGAACCUGGGAGGACAGCGAAGGGAGAACAAUGCGCGGGUCCAGCUGGCGGUCGCAGGCGCACCGGCGAGAGGCGGUGGGUGGGGCCCAGGCAAGAAGACGUUUGCGGAGACACUGAAGGAGUCCGGAAAGACGAGGAAAGAGACAAAGCCAAAGAGAGCGACAGAGGUGGACAGAAGUCGGCAGGUCGGGAUGAAAGCGAGGACGGCGCGAGAAGACAGGCAAUCGAAGAGAGACCCACAGCGUGCAGAGGACAAGAAGAUUCAGACGUCAAAGUGUCCGAGUCUCACAGAAAACGAAUCGAGUGGAGAAGGCGACAGAGGCUUACCACAUGGGGUUUUGAAGAAAGGUAACGCAGAGAUGAGGCUCCAUAGCCCUCAUUUUCUCAGGAACGGAGACCCCCCGAAAAGUUCCUUUUCAUUCGACGUCUCCGCUUCUGUGGGUGUCCAUCUGUCGAAGGAGACACUCCCGCACGGGUGGCCUGGCAAGGAUGUUUCUUCGCGUACUUCUCCUUCUCUCUCUCUGGAUUCUGUCUCUCCUUGUUCUCUCUCUCUGGAUUCUGUCUCUCCCCACCUUGCAUCCGUCUCCACUGCAGCUGCUUUGCCUUCUCUGCUCUCGACGACGUCUCUGUCUCUCGCCUCAGAGAUCAGCGGACGCCGUGUUCGUGAGGGAAAUUCGACGUUUUUCGGUGAAAACGUCACAGCCUUCUCUUCUGCCCCCUCGUCUUGUUCUUUCUCUCCUCCGUCUUCCUCCUCUGCGUCGUCCUCUUCUUCCUCUCUUUUCUCUGCGUCCUCACCCGUUUCGACAGUUCCUUCGAUGCGUCCCGAAAAGGCCCGCAGUCCGGCGCUUGUGUUGGGCUCCUGCGGCGGAGGCGCAGGUCCAGUGGAGACCCAGCGAGGAAGAGACAUGCCGGGAGAGGGCGGAGAUCUCCGCGGCCUUCCGUCAGAGAAUGUUUCUUUCCGAGAAGCUCGCGAAGCAAGUGCAGGCGCCAGGGAAGAUGCGAAACGCGGAGAAAGGCGAGGCGAAAGAGUCGAAGCUGGCCUUCACCAGGAACCUCCCCACAUGCAGUCGGAAGGGGAGAGAGAGCAGUGUGUUCCGGUGGCUCUCGCUUGUCUUACACCCAACACAGAGAAAAUGGUCUCCGAGAAGUCUUCUUGCGUUGGCUCGUCUUCUCUCAGUCUCGCCCUGCUGCCGCUCUCUGACGUCUCUCCGUCCUCUCCGGAUGUGCCGGUCGGUCAGACGACCGCCGAAGGCGCCGCCGUCGCGGAUUUCUCUUCUUCCUUGCCCUUUUCUUGCAAGACCGGAGAAACGGAACAAAUUUUCCACUUCAGGAGAAGCAGCGGUGACGGGUCAGAGGAAAAAGAAUUCGGGCACCUUCUCAAUGGAUGCCGACAGGCGGCUCCUGGAGAAAGACGUCUCUCUGCUUUUUCAACGAAAGGCAACUGGCGUUCCUUCACCCGAGAAGAAGGAGGCGAAGAAGCUCGCGAGGAUGGAGAAGAAGGCGAAGGCGAGCGAGGGGAAGGAAAACGAGAAGAAGGGAGACCUUGGUCAGCAUCUUCGACUCUUCCGCUUCUCGCUGCGGUUGCUCGAGGGAGAAGGGAACUUUGGGGGGACAAAAAGUCGGGGCUUUCUGUUUGCUGUUCAGACAGCGUAGAGAGCCGCACAGCCUCUGAGAGCGAAGACAGGAAGCGCGGCGCAGAGGCGCAGAGAGUGAGAGAGGCCGCUUGCAUGCGACUGCGUGCAGAGAGGCUGGAGUUUUUUCCAAAGAAGAAGCAGCCGUCACAGGGCAAGGUCGGUGAGGACAAGAGGUGGGUAACCUGCCCCCAGAGGCGCAGCGACAGGCGACGUCCAGCGAGGCGUCGAGGGCCGGUCCCCCCGCGCAAGAGGACGUCCCAAGAAAUAAACGAUAAAGUAUCUUCUUCUUGGGGCAGAGCCGGGAGACGAGACUCGGAUCCGCCAGACACCAGGAGCGAGCAGACUGUCUCAGGGUUUGUGUGGCAGCAGGGGUACCUGCCUCCAGGAACGUCUCGUUAUUUCCCGGAGCUCUUUACAGAGUUCUUCUGCAGAGGGCAGAGAGAAGGUCGAACGUCGUUCGAGCAUGCGCUCGCGCGCUUCCUCACCGAGUUGCCUGUCGAGACCGAGGAGCGGCGGUCGGGAGACGCAUGUGUAGAGGCGGCGGGGAGCUCCCGCGAGUCAGGAGAAUCUUUCACAAGCUUCUCGCAGAAGGCGAAGACGCAGGAACUGAACUUCAGGCAAGAGGCGAAGCAAGACAGGGACUGUUCGACGGAGAAGAACGAGAGGCAUGGUGUAACGGAGAGGGAAAAAACGAACCUCGUGCGGGUGUGGUGGCGCCUGGAGGGGCAGUUGCUUCGAAUCGCGGCGUCGCCCGCGGAAAUCUUCUCCGAGGCCGUCCUCCUCGUCGGAGACUUCUGUUGUGUCGUCGAAGACGGCGAGCGAGAAGAAGCGCGAGACGGAGCGAAGAGGUGUCUCGGCUGUGGGGUCUUCCGCGAGCAAAGGGGAGACGGUCUGGGACGCGAAGGAGGGGGCGACGGCCAGCGAGGAGUCUGUGGAGAGACGAGAAGAGAACGGAGCAGAGAGAUCAGAGAGAGCAGAGAGAGCAGAGAGAAAACCGAAGACGAGACGGAAGGCAAGAGCGAAGCAGAUGUUCCGGAUGAAAGCAAGACAAUGUGGCAUGACCUCGACUACGAGUGGAUUGACGCCGAAGACGCGCUCCGAGACACUCCAGGGUAUCGCCUGACUUUGACCUUCUGGGACGGCGUCCGCGCGCCACUCCACAUUUUCUUUUCGUCUCCGCGUCGUCGGCGCCUCUGGGCUCGAACGCUGCGAGCCGCCAUAGCGAGAGCCUCUCUGCGUGUCAUACAGCAAGCCCCUCCUGGAGACGACUUCUGUGUUUCUUCUCGUUCAUCUUCUUUCUCCUCUCCUUCUUCGUCCUUCUCCUCUCCUUCUUCGUCCUUCUUCUCUGCUUCUCCUUCUCUUGCCUUCUCUGACUUGCCUCGACGUUCCUCUGUGUCCUCCGCUUCCCCGAGUCCUCCCUCGUCUGCAUGUCUGGCGUCUGGAGUUUCUGUGCGAGAUCGCAGGAAGCGAAACGCUGGACUCUUUUUCGAGCGUACGGACGCGCCAGGCAGACACACGACUUCGUCCUCUCUUUUCAGAUCUCCUCUUUCGCCUUCUUCUCGUUCCGACCCCUGCGUCCUCGUCUACUCAGAACACCCAAACGCGCCUCACAGCGGGACGACUGUGUAUUUCCCCUCUCCUUUCGUUUUCUCGCCGUUCUCUGAUUCCUCUCGCUCUUCAAGCGCGCGGUCUGCGUCCGGCUGCUCCCCGUCGUCGCCAGAGAGUCGCGUCUUUCCGGCCGAGGGGAAACCGACACUCUGGAAAGGCGCUCCUUCUCUCGCGUCUGGCCCAGACGCCUCCAGAGGCGGUGCGGUCUCCGAAGCCCUGAGCCGAUUCCGAGAGCUUUUGGGCCUCUCGCCCCUCGCCCCACAAGACGCGAAGGCCGUGCCUUGUGAGGCGCCGGAGCCGCCAUCUGCGUCUCCACAGAAAACGCGCUUCUUCUCUUUGUUCUCUCAAAAGGCUAGAGACAAACACAGACGACAGAGGGUGGAGCGAACCGCGAGUCGUGGUGAUGUCGAGGCUGGGGAUCCGCGGCCUCGCCGUUGGGGAGAAGGAAACGAGCAGCGAGAAGAACAAGGGGGAGGGUGUACGGAGAAUGGGCGAACGCAACCUACGCCUGGAGCGACAGAGACCGGGAGGGAGAGAGGCCACAGAGGAAGGCCUCAGCGCUCAUGCAAAGAAAUCCCUUUGCCCGCAAGGAAUGAAAAAAAUGGAGGGACUCUGCUGGUGGCUGUGAGUCACAGCGAGGCGUCUCGUUUCAGUCCAGUAGAAAUCGUCGGGAGCGCGUCUGAACGAGAUUGGUGCUUCCCCGAAGACGUUUGUCUCUCUGAUCGGGUGGCGCAUGCACCGGGCAAUAUCCUGUCGUCUCUGUCGCCUCCUUUCUCGAAUUUCCUGGGUCUUUUUGGCGGAUCUUUUUGAAGGCAGAAAACAGGACCAUGGCAAAGGCGAUGAAAGGAAGAAGAAAGGAGACACAGAAUUUGCAGGGGAGACAUCACUCGUAGUAUACAUAUAUAUAUAUAUAUACAUGUAUGUACAUUAUAUACAUGGCAUGUAUGUAUGUUUUUCCCAGAAGCUUAUAAAUAAUUCUGGCUCAGAGGUGAUUCUUCUGUGGGCGAUGGUCGAGGCAGAAACGCUGGAAGGGCAGAGGCACCCUCAAGGAGCUGCAUGUGCAGCUUUAUUUCUCUGGACUGCGUUGGGAGAAAACCGAAGCUUGUUAACCUCG